GUCAAGACGUGUUUCCGCCAUUGGGUUACUAUUUAUUUACUAGUGGAUCAUCUUUGAGUGGGAAAAAGGAGAAAAAUUGAUAACAAAAAAAAAAUUAAAUAAAAUCUAUAUCGAAAAAAGGAAAAAAAGAAAAAAAUAAUAAAAGAAAAGAUUUAUUACUAAAAAAAAAGAAAAAAAAGCAAAAAAAAAGAAUUCAAAAUGGGAUGUUGUGUAGGACUAAUAAAAGUAUUAAUCGUUCUUUUGAACACCCUGUUUUUGUUGACAGGCUUACUGAUCGCAGUCGGAACAGCAAUUCUUUUCGCUGAUCCAACGUACGCUGUGUCAGUUGUGCAGGAUACAAACAAUUACUACAUCGGUCUGUCGAUUUUGUUGGUAAUUGGAUUGAUUCUCGUAAUUGUCGCAUUCCUCGGCUGCUGCGGGGCAUUCAAAGAAUCGCAAUGUUUGUUGGUUACGUUCUUCAUUUUCUUGUUGGUGGUCGUUGUUUCGGAAAUUGCUGCCGGAGCAUGGGCAUUCCAUAACAAGGAUAAACUCUCAGACGUUAUCCGCUCAACCGUUAAGCAUACCGUGCAAGAGGAAUAUAGCGUUUAUUCCACCAGAACAGUUGCAUUCGAUGGAGUUCAAAAGAUGUUGAAAUGCUGUGGUGCUGAGGGACCAAAUGACUGGGCCGCCAGUCGCUUUAACAACGUAGAACGAAGCAACGCACUCGACUUGACCAUUUCUCGCUUGAAUCCUGUCUACAAAGUUCCAAAAUCAUGUUGCAGCACCGAUGACGAAAACGUUUGCAAUAAUGUACGCUCACUAGGAAUCGCCACAUCGAUCUCUUCUAUUCCCACUGGAAUCUACUCAAAAGGAUGCUUGGAAAAACUAAUAGACACAAUCAGCGAAUACUCAAUCUACUUCAUGGCUGUCGGCGGUAGCAUUAUCGUGCUCGAAUUGUUCGGACUAAUAUUCUCACUAGUGUUAUGUUGCGCAAUUAGACGAAACGAGGAUUAUAAGUCAUAAGAAGUGAAUGAUUCGGAUUGUAAUUCAUUUAAUUAUUAUUAUUAGACGGAUACUAAUUAUUAUUAUUAUUACAAAAAGAUAAUAAUAUGAGGAAAAGAGAAGUAAUUAAUAUUAAAGAAGUAAAAAAAGAAAAGCAAAACUUAAAAAAAAUAGAUUAUAAGUUUAAAGACUCAAUGAAAAACUGUGGAUUCAUUUUUGUGCAUAUUUUCUAUUUUAAUGACUAAAGCAAAUAUAUAUAAAUAAUUUUAAGAUCUAUGAAUGGAGCAAUGCAAGGCGCUAAUUAUUUCUCUGUCGCUUUGUGUAAAAGUUAAAAUAAUUAAAAAUAAUUCGAAUUCACUCCCAAAAGUUAUAUUUUUGUAGAUUACUUUAAUUUAUAUGUUUUGAUUAUUAGUUAAUUAUUUUAUCUUCUACGAGACAAUCCUUAUAUAAAUAAUUAUAUAAUUUUAAUGUUCAUAAGAAAAAAAAAACAGAGAAACAAACAUUUAAUGGUUACCAAACAAUUUUUUAUAACCCAUAAAAAUUUUUUAAUAAAAAAACACACAAUUAUUAAACAUAUAGAAAUAGAACAUAACUCGAAAUUUAAAUUUUAUGCAGGACGUAGUAGAUCAUUCAUAUAUAAUUAAUAUAAUAAUAUAUAUUAAAAAUUUGAUAAAGAUGAGAAGAAAGCGGAUUUUUAGCAAAUAUUUAAAGCUAGGAGUACCAAAAAAAAAAUGAAGAAAGAUAUGAACACAAGAAAGUUUUAUUAGAAAAUUAUAUAAAAUGAGAUAUCCUAGUCGUUUUGUUAUUAUUUGAUUCCGAAAAGAUGAAUGAUUUUUCUUUAUUUUAAAUAUUUUUAUUAUUAUUAUUUUUUUUCCUUAACUCCAAAAGUUGUGCCAAUACAAAAAAAAAAUCGAAAUUAUUUUAACCCAUUUUUUUCGAAGACAUUUUUGCACAAAAAAAAUCGUAGAAAAGAUUUUAAUAAUAAAUUAAAUUAAAAAAAAUACAGAAUUAAUAUUAAAUUACAUAUUACUUAAACAAAGAAAAAAAAACUUGUAGUGUCAACCAACAAUCGACGCUUUCAAACGACUAUCGCAAUUUAACAAAAAAAAAACAAAUUUUAACUUAAAAAAUAAUAAUUAUUAAUUGUAUUAGAUGAAGAAGAAAAUGAAGCAAGAAAGUUAAAUGUUGUACAAAAAAACAUCACACAAGAUAUUUUCCGUGUCCUUUAUGUAUCCCAUCCAAAAAAAGCUUUUUUUGUAAAUUAUUUUAUUUAAAGUCAUUUUAUUACGAUUCGAAUCAUGCAUCGCAUUUUAACAAAAUUUUUGGAAUUUUAUACAUAAUAACUCUAUAUGAUAUAUAUAAAUAUAACGAAUAUAUAUAUUUAUUAAAAAAAAUUAUAUUAAAAAAAGAAAAUAGUUUUAAAAUAAUUAAAAAAAUAUGAAAAUUAACUUCCA